AUGUAUCACACGCGCGCCGCUGAUGAUUCGGAAUUCCUCGAGGCGGCCAAGGCUGUCCAACUCUUUGCCGAGGAUAUGAUCCCAGGACAGCCCGGGUUAUGGCAUUUGCCGCUUGAGCAAGUCGCAACUAUACCAUCCAUAACGCGCUUGUACUCUCUAUUCGAGAACACAAAACUUGCCACAAUCAUGAAACGCCGACAGCUAGAACACCCAGAAAAGCGCAUCACUCUCCGCCAUGGUCCGGAUCUUAUGUGGCAUUCGAAACGGUCUCCUCUGGUACGAGAGAACCAAUUUGUUGUAGCAAUUGGGGUUAACAAGCCCUCCAUACGACAAAAUAUAACGUCUUCAAUAAUCAAGAGAAGUCAUGGAAUUGUUACUCGAGAUGAAGAUGUUCUCAAGUCGCGACAGAAGAUCAAUCAAGAUGAUGGGGAGGAACUUGUUACCACAAACGAGGAUCAGAAAAUGGUUGGCCAAACCACCGAUGACAUCGCUCCCACCACCACCGAAGCAUCACCAGAACCAUCGCCACAAUGGCAGGCUUUCGUCGAGUUGUUGAGAAAAGACGCAGAGAUCGUGGUCUCGACGUUGCUUGAUGGCGACGAGCAGCGUGUGGAAUUGGAAGUAGGUGACAUCCUUGAACUCGAUGCGUCUGAGUACCUCGAUCCGAAGGAAGGCUUGGCUGGAGCAAUGUUUGUGCUGUUUAACUGGUUAUGA